AUGAGGAAAGAGAAGGGGUGGGUUUCCCAGUUCUCACGUCCAUCCCACAUACCCAGCCAAAGGAAAGUUUGGCUUACCCCGGGGAGAGGAGCGAACAUGGCAGCGCGUCGGUGGUUUUGGUCUAUCUCUGCGACUUUGGCCAUGGCGCUGCUGCUCUUGUACAAGAUUCCUUCAGCUUCUGCCCAAAGAAAAAAGGAGAUGGUGUUAUCUGAAAAGGUUAGUCAGCUGAUGGAGUGGACCAAUAAGAGACCUGUAAUCCGAAUGAAUGGAGACAAGUUCCGCCGUCUUGUUAAAGCCCCCCCAAGAAACUACUCUGUUAUUGUCAUGUUUACCGCUCUACAACUCCAUAGACAGUGUGUCGUUUGCAAGCAAGCUGAUGAAGAAUUCCAGAUCCUGGCAAACUCUUGGCGAUACUCCAAUGCAUUUACCAACAGGAUAUUUUUUGCCAUGGUGGAUUUUGAUGAAGGUUCUGAUGUAUUUCAAAUGCUAAACAUGAAUUCAGCUCCAACGUUCAUCAACUUUCCUGCAAAAGGAAAACCCAAACGUGGUGAUACCUAUGAGUUGCAGGUGCGAGGGUUUUCGGCUGAGCAGAUUGCCCGGUGGAUUGCAGACAGAACUGAUGUCAACAUUAGAGUAAUUAGACCUCCCAAUUACGCUGGACCUCUUAUGUUGGGAUUGCUUUUGGCUGUUAUUGGUGGCCUUGUGUACCUUCGAAGAAGCAAUAUGGAAUUUCUCUUUAAUAAAACUGGAUGGGCCUUUGCAGCUUUGAAUUAUAUCCAUGGAAGCAGCCAAGCCCAAUUUGUAGCUGAAACACACAUUGUUCUUCUCUUCAAUGGUGGGGUUACUUUAGGGAUGGUGCUUUUAUGUGAAGCUGCUACCUCUGACAUGGAUAUUGGGAAGAGAAAGUUAAUGUGCUUAGCUGGCAUUGGACUUGUUGUGCUAUUCUUCAGUUGGAUGCUGUCUAUUUUCAGAUCUAAGUAUCAUGGCUAUCCAUACAGCUUUCUGAUGAGUUAAAAGGAUCUUAGAGCCACAUAGACACUGUGCUAAUGGAAACUGAACAAGAACCUUAUGUUUGGAAGAAGAAUGCAACCUGUGUGUUUUGUAUUACCUCUUUUUUUCAGUGAUUUCAAUAGUUAAAUCAUUUAACCAAAGAAGAUGUGUAGUGCCUUAACAAGCAACUUUUUUUGGUCAAAAUCAUGAAGUAUUUGAAAUGAUUCCCUUCUUAACCUUCCCUUCCCAGUGAACUUGGGGACAUUUUCUUUUGUAGAAUUAAAUACAUUAUACAGUUUUGAAGUUACUACUUCAUUGUAAUUAGAACAAAGCUCAAAAUGACUUGAGUGAGCUUUUGCUCAUCUGCUUUCCUCCUAUCAAAGGUGAGAAAUGACAGUUCUAACACAGUCUUCGUGCAGAUUGUGUUAGAGAUAACUGCACAGGAAUCUGUUGGUUAGUUUUCCAUCUUUGCAUCUGUGUGCAAACAUGACAAAUCUUUCCUUUGGAGCCAAGAAACUACAUGUAUUCAGUGAUCUUCGGAAAAUGAAACAUUCUCCAGAGUACAGGUCUUGUCUUUAUUAAGAUUAGUUAGCUACCCUUAUGCAUGUUUUCUACUAAAAUACAGCUGCCUAUGUUUCUUCACAUCUGUAGACCCAAAGCAGUAUCUCAGUAGACCAUUAGGAUUCUGCAUGACUGCCAUGUUAAUUCCUUGUCUUUGAAGAUAUUUCACAUUCACUCUAUCUCCUUAGUUUCCUUUUAUUUAAAGUUGCCAUCUCUACUAGUUUAAUGCUUAAAAUCACCAUCACUUACAAAUGGUCUCUCAAAUGUCUGUGAAAGGUGGAGAUUGUCAGUUAUUUUAUUUUUACCUAACAAAAUAUAAGAAAA